AUGAAGAAUAGAUCAUUAUCAUAUCUCAUAUGUGUAGAUGGAUCACCUUCGUCUAUUGAUUUUUUUAACAAUUUUUUGCAUGAGCACAUAGUUAUGGGAGAUCGAGUUUGUGCAUUGCACAUCUACAAUUCUUCUAAUCCCAAUUUUUUAAUAUCUCCUGAAGAUUUACGAUUCCAACUUGAAUGCCAACUCCUAAUGAAAGUAAUUCUAAUUCAGCUUCCUGGCAAUGACUUUGCUUUCAAAUUCGAGCAAAAAGUGGAGAAAUUCACAAGUAUUCAAAUUGUAAAAUCAAUCCCUGUUGUAAAUCCAAACCUUCUCAUAUUAUCAUUCAACGGACCAAAAGGACCAAAAAAGUAAACAUAAAUUAGAAAGCCAGGAGAAAUAGGAUCAUCUAUCCAAUACUCAUUAUAUAGAUCACCCAUUUCAGUCCUCUACAUGAAAAUCCUUGAAUUCAGAUCAAGACUGCCAUAUAGAGGCUACACCUGAAUGGUAUGUGUUGACAAUUCCAAUCGAGCAUUAUCAGCUUUUCAUUUAGCUGUUAGGCUGCACAAUACAAAUUUUGAUAGAAUAGGAGUCAUUCAUAUAAUUAAAAACACAGAAGAGUCUAAACAAGUUGAAGAAAAGUAUAAAAAAGCAAUUUAUGAAAGCGGAGUAUUAUAUAUGAUAGGUUAAUGGGCAAUUUUUCCAAUUAGAAUGCAGACCAGAAGGAAAAGGAGUGCAUAGUAUAUUAAUUAGACAUUUAUGUGCAAGAGAUGUUAAUGUACAUUUUGUGCUUGUAAAAUAUAUGUAGUGCGGAAUUGAUGGGGAUAGGGCUGAAGCGGAAGGAAAAACAGGAAUUGGCACAGUCCCAGUUCAGCUUGUGAUGAGAGCUCCGUGCAAUACUUUAAUAGUAAAGUAA